AUGGGGGCGGUGGGAUCCGAGGAGGUGGUGACGGAGCGAGGAUUGAUUCUGGUCGAGCGGAAGACACCGGCUGCUGUCGUCCUUGCCGGAGGCUCGUCGUCGUCGGGGGGAGGUUCCCCGCCGCCGCUGCCGCUGCCGCCGUCCACCGCCAGGGGAUCUCGGCCUCCGCAGGCGCUGGUGGAGCGGCUCAAGGACUACGGUCAGGAGGACGCCUUCGCCUACUGGGAUGAGCUCUCCCUUGAGGAGCGUGAUCUCCUCAUCAAGGACAUCCAGGUCUCUCUCCGACAUCACUCUCCCUCGUUUUGCCUCGCUUCGUUCCGGUAUUAACUUGUUGUGUGCUACAACUCUGGCGGAAAAGGGAGUUGUGCCUGAGAGUUGCGUGUCUUCUGCGAUCACGUUCGUUUCCCAAUUUAAAUUUGUGCUCCGCACGAGAAUUGUAUUGGGUUAUGCCGAUUUGUAUGCGUACAUGUCGAUUUUCAUGCAUGAGGGCAGGUGGAGAAUGGAUAAUUCAGUUCGAACGUAGGAAAGAUCUAAUCCCAUGGUUUUUUCUUUCUGCUUGGUUUUCGCUCUCAGUUUGAUACAAUGAUAGAUCCUUUUAUAUAUUACCCUGAGCUGAUAUCUAAAGUAAAUCGUGGAGUUGAGGCUUUUCUUAUGUGGAGUUUUACCGUGAUGCAAUUUACCUUUUGCAUAAAUUCUUAAUGAAGUUAUGAGAAGGCGCUCCAUGGAUUAAAUUCAAGCAUUUGGAUCGAACAUAUUAUUGUUUUCUGAGGCUGUAGCGAGAAUUUUAGUCACAGACGUAUAAUAUGACUGUCAGGAGUAGUCUUGUAGAUAGAUCCACAUUUGUGGUUGUACCUUGAUGUAAUAGGCGAAUAGUUUUUUGUGAUCACAGGAGAAACGUAGAAGUUUGUUGUAAAUAUUUUAUCUGAAACUGCACGAUAUAAAAUCCAAUCUACAUGCAUUAAUUUUUUUACACAAAUGGAAUGCAUUUUCUUCUGUAUUUCCUCUGAAGAGGUGUGGUGCAUUAGGUUAUCUGACGGAUAGAAACAUGGACAGGAAGGUUUCAUUGACCCUGGGGUGUGAAAGUUGGUGCAAUAAUAGACAAAGAAUUGCUUUAACCGAGUCCCAUUGUAGUGGACGUGCUUCUGUUUCUUUGUUAGAAUAUUGCAUAAUAUCUUUUUUCUAUUUUCAAUCGCUUGUGAUUCGAGUCAAAAAGUUUUCUUUUUUAUUGCUGAUGGUAUCACACUUCAUUUGUUGAAGAACAUAAGUAAUGUAUGAGUGAAAGGGAACAGUUAUUUCGUUUCUCGAAAGCCUUCAGGUAGAUAUUCCUUCAAACUUUUGACAGUUGUGUUUUGUUACUUGUUAAUUUUUUCAGGGUUUAGACCUUUCACGGGUUGAUAGGAUUGUUCGAUGUUCUCUCAAAUCACAUGGUAAUAUAACCAUCUCUGCUGCUUUAAUAGGAAAGGGGAAUAAAAUGCUUAAUCUUUCCUUCAUCUUCAUAGUUAAUUAUGCAUUCUAUGAAGAUACCAUCCAAUCUGUAUCACGGUGAUAGUUUGUGGCCAUUCUAGAUCUCUAUUAUUACCAUUCUCUUAGAAAGUUGCCUCAUUUAACUUCCUUAAUACUGUUUAGUUUUUUUAGAAACACGGAAUGUCCACACGGUCUGAAAGUUCAGUAGUUGUCACGUCUGUGUUUGAAUAUGGUGAAACUGAAUAGAUGUGUUCGCAACAAUAGUUACUGAUCUUGUUUUAUAAAGAAAUAUUGUUAGUAUCAAUCCCCGAACACCCUACCAAUCUCCCCCCAAAAGAACUGAAAGAAGAAAAAUGAACUAUUAUACUCAUUCCCUCAGUGAGAGGGGUUUGAUACCAGUAGGUAGUGAAACUUGGUCUAGCAAUAUGGCAAUCCCUUGCGGCUGAGAAAGAGAAGUCAGAGAGCACCAUGGUUUUUUAGCGAGUCCCAAUGCAUGUGAAACUUUGCUUUUAAUUGUCUUCUUCUUAUGUUUGGCUAUCCGGCGUUUUUUAUUUCCUGGAGUGCAUAUGACUGGAAAUGAUUAAAUAAGGCACAUAGAGAGAUCUCUAACAUGUUAUUGGCAGUGAAAAGUCCCAGAACGGACAUACUUGAAUGAGAAAUUAAACCUUGAAUCAAAGGAAACUAGUGCCUUAUUGUAUGAUGUCUGCGAUCUGAUUCGGACCAUUUAAACCUUUAAUCAAAUUGGACUGUGUUUGAGAGGGAGAUUUUGGAGGCUGUAAAUGCAAUGAAUAAUAUUUUAAAUACAUAACUUUUUUUAAAAAGAUCUUUUCUGCUCAUCUAUGCCCAUGCCAAAUUAAUUUAUUGUAGAAACUAUCUUGGUUGGUUUACUGAUUGGCUCAUUAUACUCUUAUUUUGAAAGGUUAAUGGAACUUUCAAAUAAAAUGAAAUCGGGUUAUUAUUAUUAUUAAAGAAAAAUCUUGGUACAAAUAUGUGCUUCAAGGAGCUAAAUCUGGAGGAUGUUCCGCCCAAAAGAGAAGUGACUACUGUUUUAGAUCAUGCUUAUACUGUCUUACAUUUUAUCUCUUCUCAAAUAUUUGUAGGGCUCCCACUACCAACUGUUGAGCCAGUACCAGAAGCUAGUGUCUCCACUCUUGAAGAGAGAACACUUGAAGAGAGAGAGAGGUGGUGGAAAGCCGGACUCAAGGCUAUUUCAGAAGGGAAGUUGGCUGUGUUGCUUCUUGCUGGUGGGCAGGUAUUUUCGAAAUUGCUUAUACGUUUUUUUCUAACAUUUUUCAAUCAUUAUCAUGCUUUAUUUUUAAGUUGAUGAGUAGAUGCAAGGAUGCAAGUAGGUAUCUUGUGUUUAUUUCGUUAUGUUAUCGUAUGACUAUUCACCUCAUAUCUUAGUGGAGUACUCUGAACAAGUAAAUUUCUACUGUGAAGUAAUACUUUAUCCUAGAUGCUUUUUUUAUUUUAAAUAAUGUGCAUUACAAUUUCCUCAUUGCCCUCUAUUUUUUCUUUGCAAAGCAGCUCACAACUAGGUUGUUUUGCCGUUUUAUGCUUCUUAGUUUUAGAAGUGAAGAUGGGAUUGAGAAGGAAGAGGAGAGAAGAUUUGUGCAUUUUAGAAAGAUCCCUUUGAAGAGGGGUGUGUGGUCUAGAAUUUUGUUUUUCUCUCACAGCCACAUCCCUGCAUCGGUCACAUAGUAUCCAAUUAGACUCACGCUUGCAUUUGAGGGAAUUUCAGCCCGUGUUUUUGUAGUUUGCGUGGACCAGUCUGAUUGUGAUCUGGAUCUUAUAUGUGUGAGCCCUUGAUGAUAUGGCAGGUCAACUGGGAUGGUUCAUUGGGUUUGAUAUCCAAUAUUCUGAAUUAUUGUCUGCUGAACAUCAUACUUCAGCUCUUGUUUUUGAAGCCAAUGGUCUCAACAAAGACUAGUAAUUUAAAGCAACAUCACGUCGUUGGGACACAAUUGUUGCAAGAAAACAUCGUUUUUCCAUUGCACUAUAUUUUGUAUCUAUCUUGGAAGCAGUCUAAUCAUUCCUGUCCAGUUUCUUCACACAUGCAUUGAUUAAUGUGUUUCUCUUACAUCUGUGGUAACUUAUCUAAGAAGGUCCACUUUUCCCCUUAAUGGUAGCCUUUGAAAAAAAUUCUGUAGUUUGUGUUCUGAUUCAUGUUUUUUACUUAAACUGGGUUUCGUCAAGGCAUGUAUUUAAGGAGUUCCAUGCUGAUUUCUCUUUCUAGUUCUUGUUAUAAUACUUCUCCUUACACAACUCGUGACUAUUUUUCUUCCUCUGGUGGAGCGAAUCGAGAUUUGAAGCACAGAUUUCUUUGUCUAAGAUAAAUAUUGUAGCUUAUUUUAUGUGGGGAAAAAUCUUUUAACUGUUUGUUUUUUUUAGCUAAUUCCAUACGAUUUCAAUCUUAAUGCUUCACCAUUUCUAAUCGCAGAGUUCUUAAAUGUAAUAAUGACAUUCUGUUGUAUUGAAUAUCAUAUGUAGGGUACUCGGCUUGGUAGUUCAGAUCCCAAAGGAUGUUUCAGUAAGUGCUCGUUGCCUUGUUGUUUUAUUUUACGUAUCACUAAUGCGAUUCAUAGUUUGAAUGCCGUUUUUCUUCGUAUCGUUUGCUAAUGAUUAGCUUCUUCAAUUUCGUGAUUUUUUCUGAUUCAAUUUCGUGGUGUCAACUUCGUGCCUUCUUUCUAUGAGAUUAUAGUGAUCCUUCCAUUCUUGCAGUGGCGGAUAAUUUGCCUCCUAUCAUGACAUUUUCCAUCUAAAUGGAGAAAUCUAACAUAAACACGAGAGUAAACUAAAAAAGAUUGAUGUAAACUUCAUUGGCAUUUUCAUGAGAAAGAAGCCCAUCACUUCUUCUCAGACGGAGCAGUGGGAGAGCUUAAAAAUAGUAAUUGAGAGUCUAUUUCAGAAAAUGCCUCUGUUGGAUCUUUACCGAACUUUUCUCCAUCCUUUCAAUUAAUUUGAAAGCGAAUCAGAAGUACCUGUCCCUCCGUGGAUAUGCUUUCUGCUUUUUAAUUUGGUCAGUUCAGUGGGUUCUUCUUCUCAUGGUUUCGACGAGAAUUUCGUCAUGCUUACUUGCUCUUGUUGAAGCUCCAUGCUGUUUUGAUAAACGAUCCCUUAAAAAAAUCUCCUUAUAUAUAUAUAAUCCACGUCACUAUGCCACUUUGAUUGUAUCAAAAGCUGACUGAUGUUGUGUGGAUGAUAAUAUCAUAUGCAACGACCAUUAAACGAAUCGCAUGAGAAACAUUAAUGAAAAUAAUCUUAUGUGAAGUUUCCAUUGGAUGGACAACAUUUCUCAGCCUACACGACUUUGGGGGGUGGAAGCUUGGUCACUUGAUAUACAGAUGCUGAAGCGGUUUCUGUUUUCAUGUUCUAGAUAUCGGACUCCCAUCUGGGAAGUCUCUCUUUCAACUUCAAGCAGAGCGAAUUUUGUGUGUCCAGAGACUUGCAUCCCAAUCAGUGGAGGGUAGGACUUAAAUUCUUUGUGAGAGUUUUGUAAACCUUUUCUGAUUUAAUGCGAGACCUAAAGUUCUUCGAUGAACAGGUGCUGCUGGUUUCGUCCCGAUCCACUGGUAUAUAAUGACAAGUCCAUUUACUGAUGAUGCUACCCGUAAAUUUUUUGAAAGCCAUAAAUACUUUGGCAUGGAAACUGACCAAGUAAUGUCCUUCCUUCUUCGAUAAUUAUUGGUGCUCUACUUAUUCCUUCAGGUGAAUCAAUGGCACUUAACUCCAUUUUAUGGCUGCAGGUCACUUUUUUUCAACAGGGCACCCUUCCCUGUGUUUCGAAAGAUGGUCGGUUUAUCAUGGAGGCACCCUGCAAGGUGAUAUUCUUUACUGAACGUAACAGAUACAUUUCAUGUUCAUCCCAAGAAAUCAAGUCAUCCCUCGUAAUUGUUUGAAGAUCUCCUGGAUCAUGCACAUUUAUGGGAUCGGAAAGAGUGCCAAGAAAAUCUAUCUUUCUCUCCUCUGAUUCUCAUUUAUUCAAUAAUUAUCAGGUUGCCAAAGCUCCAGAUGGAAACGGAGGAGUCUAUUCUGGUUGGUUUCGCAUCACAUUUUUUUGAUUUAUCUUGGUAUUCGACUAUGAAUCGUGGACUACUCGUUUACAAAAUUUUCUGGGAUAAUUAUAUUUAUAUAAUUUUUUUAUUUUUUUUUCAGCUCUGAAAUCUGUUAAGCUGCUGGAGGACAUGGCUGCCAGAGGAGUUAAAUAUGUAGAUUGUUAUGGAGUCGAUAAUGCUUUGGUAGGAUAUGGCAUUAAUCAAACAUUUUUCCAUGCAAUGCACUUCCCAUUAUUAACCUCUUUGAACAGGUUCGAGUUGCAGACCCUACCUUUUUGGGAUAUUUCAUCGAGAAAGGUGUCCCCGCCGCAGCAAAAGUUGUCCGCAAGGUGGCUAUCAGAAUCAUUUUUUAUUUCUGCAAGUAAUAAUACUUUAUAUACCCGUUUAAAUUAUUUCGAUAUCUUCAACUUUUUUCUAAAUAAAACCAUAAUUCAUGAACUUUUCUGGCGAAAAUUUCAUCGAAAAUGAGAAAUUUCCCGGGCUGAUGCACAGCGGUUCUUCUGUAGAUUGAGUUCAUUUCUAGCAUUGUAUUGACCUUUGGCACUUACACAUAAUUACGUCUUAAGAUCUUUAAUUUAGUUAAAUGUAUGAUACAUGAAUUUCGAAACCCGUUUGGUAAAUUACAUGCCCGUCAUCACCAACAAGGUUUUUCCCCUUUUUUAGUGAGAGAAGGCUACUUAUUCUCUCUCUUUUUUUUUUCUAACUUCUCGAGACUGGGACUGAAUAUUCCUGCCAAUAUCUGUGCGCCAUCUCGAAUUCUGUCAAACCCAUUUCGAAGUGGCUGGCUGGAUCCAUUGACCGCAGCCCACUAUUGCCCAAACUGGAUUUCUGCUUGCUCCAGCUAUUUAGAAUCAGUUUCUUAGUGUAGGAGUUCUUUACAUUUUUAUACGGAAUCCUCAAGUUUGGUAAGAGGGUCAACCCAAGAAUUUGCCUAAUGUGGUAUUGUUCAUCCAGUGUGGAUCACGAUCUUUGACUCGGUUAUUCUCUCCACAGGUGGAAAUAGAUACCGUUGACUAGAACAGCUGUUGAUCGGUUGGUCAGAGGUUGCCCAUUUCUUCGGGAUACUGAUUAGAGAUUGUUUCUAAUUUGUCUUUGUACAAUUUUUCUAACAUCUUUGGAAAAUAAGCACAGAGUAAAUCUCCAUUAAGCAGUUAAAAUAAAUUAUUUUCCCUAAAUGCCCCUGUGGAGCUACCCCAGAAACCGAUGUUUUUUUCAUCCAAUAUUUUCCUGAAUAAUUUAUUUUGCGGUCCUUUUCUUAUAUUCACUUGCGGGGUUCAGGGAUAUCCACAAGAGAAGGUGGGCGUCUUUGUGCGACGUGGCAGGGGUGGGCCCCUCUCUGUUCUCGAAUACAGUGAGAUGGAUUCUUCAAUGGCCUGUGAAAUCAAUCAGACCACCGGGCGCCUUCGCUACUGUUGGAGCAAUGUAUGUCUUUUUCGAACCCUUUCUUGUGAUCACCGUCUAAAUUAGUAAGAAUGAUUUUAUUCAGAUAUUUUCUGAGAUCCUCUCGGAACCACUGCGCAGGUGUGCCUGCAUAUGUUCACCCUGGACUUUCUCAAUCAAGUAGCGAAUGGCCUCGAGAAGGAUAGCAUGUGAGACCACACCGCUCGUUGGCUUCUAUAUUUUUGCAAAAUUAAUAUAUAUAUAUAUAUAUAUUUAUUUAUUUAUUUUCGGAUUUAAUUCGCUGGUUAAUUGAGCUCCCAAGAUCUGGGUUGCAGCUACCACCUUGCCGAGAAGAAGAUCCACUCGGUUCUCGGAUUCACAACGGGCUUCAAGCUGGAGCAAUUCGUCUUCGACGCAUUCACAUACGCUCCUUCCACCGCCCUGUUCGAGGUCGGUCUUUCUCUCUCUCUCACUCUCGCCAUUGCAUCCUUUGACUUUACCCAGAUCGGAAAAACCCAUCAGCUGCCUCGGUCGGUCAACUCUCAUGAAUUUUUUGUCAAAAUGCGUGAUUGACUGAGCAAAAAAUCAUGGGCUGGGGGGUCUGGUGAUCAGAUCAUGAGGGAAGAGGAGUUUGCCCCGGUGAAGAACGCUAACGGGGCCAACUACGAUACCCCCGACAGUGCGAGGUUGCUGCUCCUCCGCCUGCACACUCGCUGGGUCGUCGCCGCCGGGGGCUUCCUCACACACUCCGUGCCCUUAUACGCAACCGGUAAUCCAUCCUUCUCCAUGAUUUUACCUUAACGGCAGAAAAAUAUUUCCAGCUUUCCAUUCCGGAGGAAUCUUUUCGACCGAAACCCGCUAUUUAUUUCUAUUUUUCUACCGGUCAAGAAAGUCAAACUCCACCGACACCAUGUUUGCACCGGUAAAAAUUAAAAAAAGGGUUUUUUUCCAAAAAAAAAGGGGGAUUCCGGUGAAGUGAUUGAUUUCAUCGCCACAGAUUUUGUGGGUAAUUUAUGGAGAUCCGGGGCCUUUUUUAAUUCAUAAUUAUUAGAAUUAUUUACUUGUGUGUGUAUAUAUAUAUAUAUAUAUAUAUAUGUGUGUGUGUGUGUGUGAAUUUAGGAGUAUGUCUGUGUGUGCAUAUUAAUUAUGAGUCUCAAAGCUCAGGUGUGGAGAUCUCUCCCUUGUGUUCCUACACUGGAGAGAACCUCGAAGCCGUUUGCCGCGGGAGGACGUUCCAUGCGCCUUGCGAGAUCUCAUUCUAG